CUUCCGUCUUCAUGUAUUCGUGGACGAUUGAUAUUUACAGACAUUCGAAAGGAGCCUGGAGUGUUGAAAGUCGCUGUCAACCCUACCGACAAUGGCGACACCAAAGACUGUCCGCUGGGGCAUGAUGGCCACCGGUGGCAUUGUUCGUACUUUCGCCAAAGAUAUCCUGAUCGAUCCCGCUACACGCAAAGUGUCGGACCUCAGGCAUGUCAUUACCGCCGUGGCAUCCUCCUCGUCGGUUUCCUCCGCCGAGAAAUUCAUCUCCGAAGUUGUGUCCCCAACGCAAUCUCCACAAUGUACGCCCUACGGCUCCUAUGAAGAACUUGUGAAAGACCCGAAUGUGGACAUCGUCUAUAUUGGGACCCCUCAUUCCCACCACUACCAGAAUGCAAUGUUGGCGCUAGAACAUAAUAAGCCCGUUUUGUGUGAGAAAGCCCUUGCCGUCAACUCCAGGCAGGCGAAGAAGCUGUACCAGACCGCCAAAGAGAAGAAUCUGUUUUUCAUGGAAGCCGUGUGGACGCGAUACUUUCCUCUGAGCAAGACCGUCAGGAAACACAUCAUGGAUAAUGACAUCGGAGAGGUGGUUAGGGUCACUUCAGAUCUGAGUAUAGGCGCAAUUCCCGAGGACAGUUUUGACGUGGGCCACCGUAUGGUCAAUCUGGACCUUGCAGGCGGCUGUCUCCUCGACUUGGGUAUCUACUCUCUGACCUGGGUGUUUCAGACGCUAUACCAUACUUUGUCGCCCUCAUUACGAGAACAAGGCCGACCAAGAGUCGUAGGUACAGCUGUCACUUUUGAGCCACGUACCCAUGCCGACGAGUCGACGCUUAUACUACUGGAAUUUCCCAAAUCCACACCAAGCGGCAAGACAAAAGCCCAUGCCGUUGCGACGACGGCGAUGCGUGUGAGUGACGAUCCAGCCCGGGGUCAUGGGAAGCCCGAGACAGAAGUCCCCGCGGUCCGGAUACAGGGAGAGAAAGGCGAGAUCCAAGUUUGGGGCCCUAUAUAUAGACCGGUGAGGUAUAGACUCGUGCCGAAGGACAAGAAUCAACAGAUCAUCGACAGGAAUUUUGAGUUCGAGGCUGGCGCGCACGGGAUGAUGUACGAAGCCGAUGCCGCUGCUCGAGCUUGGCUAGCUGGCAAACUCGAGUCCGAGUCAAUACCGUGGGCGGAGAGUAUCCUGAUUAUGGAGGUCAUGGAUGACGCUAGGAGACAAGCUGGUCUACAGUAUCCUGAUGAAAUUGAGACGACCGAGUAUCCUAUCAAGUUGAAGGCUAGGGCCUCUUGAUUCAGUACCUUUAGGAAGCUUCGAUCCGAAUUCCCAAGGGAAGGGAGCCACUGAACCUGGCACCUCGGUCGCCGAUGAGAUGAACAUACAUACACCUACACGAUGAAAGUUAUUUCCGAUUGCAUGCUGUGGGUUCUGGGAGCCUAAUGCCACCCUCGUAUUUAAUCAUGCACAUGCUUUUGCGGUCC